AUGAAAUCAAUCAUCGGAUUGAGCGCCCUGGGCGGAGCUCUAGCAUCCUCUAACGCACAUAUCGGAUUCGUUGCACAACAGCCUCUCUUACACAAUGUUUGCCCUGCAAACUUUAUCCUUCACAACGAAGAAUGCCGGCCCUCAGCGCAAGUUACCUUGGCCACGCCGGCGCCGACUUUCGAAUCAAACACUACAAAAAUUGCGCCGUUCACAAAUUCGCUGGAAGACGCACGAAAAUUAGCCUCACAAACUAAAAACUUCCCCUGGUCCUUUUGGCCCGAAUGCUUCACUCCCAACGACAACGACGACGCCGCAAACCCCUUUUGCGUCUUCACCAACGCCACCUUCGCAUCCGGACGAGGCAUAUCAAUCGUCACCACCAAAACAACCGCCUACUCGAUACUAGAAAACCACGCAUUCACCGACCCAGCCUCCCUCCAACGCAGCAACAACUACCAAAACCCACCUUUCUACCAACACGAAUUCCCCGGCAAAGGCCGUGGCCUCAUCGCCAACAAAACGCUCAACCGCGGGGACCAAAUCCUCGCCUCAACCCCCAUCCUAAUCACCGAUGUCGACCUCGACGAGCUCGCCGAGGCCGAACGUCUCGCCCUGCUCUACCGCGCCGUCGACACCCUGCCACCCCACACGCAAUCUCUCUUCUGGAUGCUAAUGGGCCGCUCGGCACCGGGCCAAGACGACGCCCUCGACGACCGGCUCACGACAAACUACUUCGAGCUGACGGUGUCGGGCACAACGCUGACGGGGCUGUUCCCCGAAAUCGCCAUGAUGAACCACGACUGCCGGCCCAACGCGGCCUACUUCUUCGACCAAGACACCAUGACGCACUACGUGCACGCCAUCCGGCCCAUCUACCCGGGCGAGGAAAUCACAAUCACGUACAUCAACAACGAAGUGACGCGCGUGCAGCGCAUGGGACGCCUGCGCACAAACUGGGGCUUCACGUGUGCGUGCUCGGCGUGCAGUGCGCACCCGCUUGUGACUGCCGAGUCUGACGCGCGGAUUCUGCAGAUUGAAGCGGUGCAGAAGACGCUGAAUGACUGGACCAACACGUCGCAGGCGACGCCCGCGCUGGCGGAGCUGCUGGUGAGUUUGUAUGAGCAGGAGCGGCUGCAUGCGGGGCUGGCCACGGCGUAUCAGCAUGCGGCAGAGGUGCAUGCGAGUUUUGGCCUCAAGUGGGAGGCGGUGAGGUAUGCAAGGAAGAGUUUGGAACUUACGCUGUUGGAUAAGGGGUGGGCGGAUCGCGAUGUCUUGGCGACGAGGAAGAUGGUGAGGGAUCCCGAGGGGAGUUGGGCGUGGAAGAGGAGGGUGGGGUUGAUGAAGAAGAAGGAGGAGGAGGAGGAGGAGGGAGGAUGUGGGUGUGGAAAGGACCAUUCUCAUUCAUGA